AUGUCCAAUUACGAUGAACUUGACAAACCUUUCUAUCAUUAUGGUCAAGGUGCAAAAUAUGGUACACAUUUAGAAGCUUAUGGCAAAAGCGAAAGGAAAGUAAAACAAUACGUAGUAAUCUCAACCCCCUUAACGGGAACUAUUACUAAAGAAGUACCAGUUGGAACAAAUAUAAAAGAUUUUUCAAAAACAAAAGAAUGUCAAAAACUUAGGAAAGAGUUGAAAACUCAAUAUUGGAAACAAAUAAACAAGGGAAACAAAAUUAGUAACUAUUUAUCUUUCAUGUAUCAAUAUUUUAAAUAA